AUGUCAUUAAUUUACACAAAUCUGAUACAUCCUUGGCCACACUUUUCAACACUGUUGGAAGAGUUGUUCAAAACAUUGUUCAGGAAUAGUUUGUGCUUACCUACAAAGUCAUCACACCAGAUGGAUGAGAAAUGCAACCACACAGUGCCUAACCUCAUUCUCUUGAAAAUGGAGAGUCAUAUCGGGUCACCGGUUAUUCACCUGCCACCGCCGUCUCUUCGCCCGCUCUGUGCACCUCAGCUAGCACUAGUAAGCUAUGCUUGCGGAAUGUUACCUUUCACUCCAGGAUCACAUCCUUCUCCAAUGCUGCCUCCACCCUCUCCUUCACCCCCGGCCGAGGACGAAGGUCACCAUGACGAGGGACACCAGAGUCACCACCAUAGACAUGGACACAGACACGGACAUCACAGAACCUCGCAAGAAGAUAACUGUUGCCGGUGGGCUAGAGAGAUAGACAGCCGAUGUGUGUGUGAGGUUCUAGUUAAGUUGCCUGUUUUCCUCACAAGACCUUUGCAUGAAUACACAGUGGUGAUUGGAGAAUCUUGUACGGUCACUUACUCAUGUGGGGGACCAAUAUGAUGGGACAAAACAAAAUUACAAAAUGGUGAUGCCACCAAAAAAGUGUAGUAGUGGAAAAGAAUUGUGUGUUUGAUGUUAUUGGGUGAAGUCGUGGUUAUCUUUUCUUAUUCCUAGCCUUGUUAUUAGCUAGCUGUGUUGUUCAUUGUUUGACUUUCCAAUUUUUUUUAUAUAAAAACUAUGUUUAGUGUAUUAGACGCCAGAAUGACCCGAACCGGAUUAGUUGGUUCAGUGAAAACAAACAAACUAUGUACUCUUUGAAAUUCAUAUUUAUUAUGGAG